AUGACAGUCAACUCACAGCUUUUCCCAUGUCCCCUCCCUGUUCCGGCUGCCGCCACAACAGGCACCAUCAAGGGGCUGACAGCACAGCAAUUAGGCGAGCUGGGCUGCCAGGUGGUGCUGGGCAACACCUACCACCUCGCCAACCGCCCUGGCGCUGACGUGAUCGCUGAGGCGGGCGGGCUGCAUGCCUUCAUGGACUGGCCGCGCGGGCUGCUCACCGACUCGGGGGGAUUCCAGAUGGUGUCGCUGCUACACCUGGCGGACAUCACAGAGCAGGGGGUGGAGUUCCAGUCGCCUGUGGACGGCACGCGCAUGCUGCUCACCCCAGAGGAGUCCAUCGCCAUCCAGGUGCCUCUCCCCAUCCCCUUCUCAGGUGCCUCUCCCCAUCCCCUUCUCAGGUGCCUCUCCCCAUCCCCUUCUCAGGUGCCUCUCCCCAUCCCCUUCUCAAGUGCCCCUCGUCCCCCCUCUCAGGUGCCUCUCACUCCCCUCUCAGGUGCCUCUCACUCCCCUCUCAGGUGCCUCUCACUCCCCUCUCAGGUGCCCCCCACGCCCAUGUCAGGUGCCUCUUGCUCCCAAUCCCCCUGUCAGUAUGCUGAACUCAGCUGCCAGGAGAAUCAGCCACAUCUUGCUUCCGGUGCUCACGAUGCUCCCAGUCCCCCUGCUCCCAGUCCCCCUGCUCCCAGUCCCCCUGCUCCCAAUCCCCCUGCUCCCAAUCCCCCUGCUCCCAAUCCCCCUGCUCCCAAUCCCCCUGCUCCCAAUCCCCCUGCGCACAUCAGCCACAUCUUGCUUCAUCAACAACUAUCUGCGUUUAGAUUUAGGUCUCCUCCAUCAUCCACUGUCAACAAGAUCGGUGCUGACAUCAUCAUGGCUCUGGAUGACGUGGUGAGCAGCCUGGUGUCUGGCCCGCGCAUUGAGGAGGCGACUCAUCGCACGCUGAGGUGGAUGGACCGAUGCAUGCAGGGUGAGGUGGAGUGA